AUGCCCACGCCUCGCAAGCAGAAAACCCGCGCCGAUGUCCUCCGAACCCUACUCCCCACCUCCGACGCGCCCGAUAGCUACAUCGACACGUUUGAUACCGUCGUGCAGGAAGAUGGCAGCAACGGCAGAGUCAAUGCGAGCGGCGUCGCCAAGGUCUUUGCCGCUGCGAGACUCGGCGCCGACGAGCAGGCCAGCAUCAUGGCCAUCAUUGCGCCCAACGGCAAUGACGUCGCCGUGGGCCGCAACGAAUUCAAUGUCUUCCUCGCCCUCAUCGAAGUAAGUUUCAGGUUCCAUCCCCCGUUCUUCGACUCGACUGCCUCUCCUGCUGCACGCCCCCUCUCUCACGUCUCGGCCGCUGCCAUGUCAAUUGGCUCUCUGGCUCUUAUCAGCUCAAUCGGCAAUCUCGGUGGGGGUGCACAGCUAAUUGCCAUAAACAACCUAGACCUUCCUAAGCCCAAGCUCGCUGGCGUGACCGCCGAGCCUGCGAUGCCUCCGGUGUCCGAGCUUGCUGCCAAACCACCUCAAGCACCCGAGACGCCUGUCAAGGAGCCGACGCCCGCACCGUCGCCUGCGAAGCCCAAGAACAUUGCGCAAGCUCCGAUGCAGUACCCUGAUGCUGACGACCCUUGGGGCUCGCCCGACCUGCACAAGAACCACAACCACGCACCGGCGCCUCGACCUGCCCAAACCAAUGGCGCUGCCUCGGCCAACCAUGAUAGCAAUGGCCAGACAGGAUUCGGUACAACACCCAGCACGGCGAUAGCGGGGCGCACAAUGUCUUCCUACACGACAGCCACUGUCAACUCCAACAUUGCCUCGCCGCAACAGCCCACGAGCACCGGAGUUGGCGCAUCGCCUGCUGGCGGUGGCUGGGGCGGUGGUUUCUUCGAUGGAAGCAAUGUCGGCGGCGGUUUCGCGGAGCCCCAGCCCAACCCCGUACUGCCGAGCCCAUUUGGUGCCGCUGGCGAGCCCAACAGGCAUCUGGCCGCUGCGGAGGCUACGAUCACGCCUUCGCUGCGGCCGCUGCCGAGCAACCGCACCGGCGGCGCUGUCGAGGAGAACAUUGUCGUUUCCCUGAUGCCAGAAAAAGAGGGCCUUUUCUUCUUCCAGCAUCACAAUUACGAAGUAUCCUCCUCCCGAAGAGGAAGUAAGGUGGUUCGCAGGUACAGCGACUUUGUGUGGCUUCUGGAUUGCUUGCACAAACGAUACCCUUUCCGUGUACUCCCUCUCUUGCCGCCAAAGCGUGUUGCAGUCAACGGUAACCAUCUCUCCAAUGACGGCGCGUUCAUCGAGAAGCGACGUCGUGGGCUCGCGCGGUUUCUCAACGCUGUUGUACGCCAUCCCAUCUUGGGACAAGAACAGCUCGUCAUCAUGUUUCUCACCGUGCCAACCGAGCUCACUGUCUGGCGGAAGCAAGCUACAAUCUCGGUGCAAGACGAGUUUGUUGGGCGCACUCUGCCCCCCGGGCUUGAAGACUCUCUGCCGGCUACGUUAGAAGAAUUAUUCGACCGCAGCAGGACUGGCGUCAGACGCUCAGCUGAGCUUUACAUCAAUGUCUGCAAUAUUAUGGACCGUCUUGUGAAGCGUAGUGACGGCGUAGCGGCCGACCACGCACGUAUUGCUCUGUCACUCCAGUCAUUGACCGAGCUCAGCAACGACACGUAUGCCACCGACACGAAUGACGUGCCACUGCUCAACGACGGCCUCACCGCCAUGAGCAAGCACCUCAAGACUUGCCAGAGCCUGAUGGAGGAUGAGAGCAAAGCCUGGGAUCAGGGCGUACUGGAGGACCUGAAGCGACAGCGUGACUCACUCGUCGCCAUUCGUGAGAUGUUUGAACGACGCGAUCGACUGGACAAAGACAACAUUCCCUACCUGGAACGGAGGAUACAAACUAACGAGAGCAAACUUGCGAAUCUCCGCGGCAAGCCGGAUGGCCUCGUCAAGCCGGGCGAGAUUGAGAAGGUGGUCGAGGCCAUUAUUAAGGACAAGGAAUCCAUUGUCAAUCAGCACAACAGGUCCAUCUUCGUCAAGGAGUGCAUUCGCGACGAGCUCAUCUACUUCCAGUCGACCCAGUACCACGUGUCCCGAUGGAACCAGGACUGGGCCCAGGAGAGGGUCAAGUACUCGGAGAUGUUGGCAGACAACUGGCGCCGUCUACUUGACGAGCUCGACGGCAUGCCUCUCGGCGACUAGUCACCAGCUUGACCGGCAUCUGUGUCUUGGCCAUUGAUUUGUUUUUCUCGGCAGCUUGUAUUUUCGAGCCCGCAUCCCAUCUCUCUUUACUUGAAGCGAUAUGGCGGUUGAUGUAGAUGAGAAGGGGCCAGGUGGUGUGGUAUGCCUGUAUCGUUGUACGAGACCUGGUCCGUCGUCCUUUUUUUUUGGUUUUCGCAUUGUUCUAGCCAUCGUGUACAGUCAUCAUUCUCUCAGACAUUCUGUUGCUGUAU